UGCACUGAAAGCGUUGCCAAGCAACUUCACUCAAACUUUCGGCUCAGAAAUUUUCCGUCAACUUUUUUUGUGCUGCGAACGAGGUGACACAUGACAGGAUGAGCGCAGGACGAGCGUCUGAGGGGGCAGGUUGUGUCCCUUGGUGGGGCUUCAGUCCUGCCCGAAAUCUGCUCAGCAUGGGUCCUGACCAGUCUGAAGAGGAAGCCAACGUUUUACUGGUCGGCAGUGCAGAUCCAAGGCAUAUGUUAAAGACCAUUGCUGGUUUACAAGAUGAGCAAGGUCUUCAUGUGUAUGUGAUAGAGAACAGCAUGGAGGUGGUGGCCAGGCAACUGCUGCUCCUCUAUGUAGCACUUAUACCCCAGGAGGUCAUGGGAAUGAAUGAGAAGACCGAGGUUUUCCUGGAGCUUUUUGGAAACGGUGAAAUCCGCAGUCAGACAUUUGAGAACUUGCAGCGAGCUGCAUCACAGCUCUCCGUGUCUGUUACUGAAACACUGGAGGAGGCAGCAAACCCCUGUCUGGAUACGACCCUUCUUAAGUUUAAGGAUCGAGAUGAAUUAUGUCGAAUAUUUAAGCUGUGGGCCCAGACUUCAUCUGAGCAUCCUGCUCCUAUCAGGAUGUCUGCAGCCUGGGAUUAUCGAGUCAGGCAGCAUCUCGGUACUCGUUACGACUCCAGGAAGGGUUGUUAUGACUGGGACCUCACAAUGAAGCUGCAUACCAAGGGGUGUGGCGUCAUCAACAAACAGCAAUAUAUGAGAUGGAGAGAGCAGGGACUGGCGUUUGAAAUGAGGGAAGGUGCCUACCAGAUAACCAAUCCAACUUUGCUCUCGUCAAGAGCAUUUAAUCAGAGGGGAGACAAAGUGUCCAUUAGAGGCUACUGGGGAGACAUCGUUUCCAGUCCUUAUCUCUCUUUUGGCAUCGAAAGCGAUGACGAGAGUCUGCUGAAGACAUGUAACGGGCAAUACAUCAAGACAGCCCAGGACAUCUCCUUUGCAAACACCCAGAGAUUGUUCCAGUCCCUGUCCAGCAGACGGAGCUGCCUGACUACUCCUCAGUCAGACUCAGAGGCAGAAACAGCACGGACUGAGCAGAAACCUGUCAGUGUUCAUGACUUGAUGCGGCUGAAUGGAGUCUCUGUAACGUUCCUUCCUUUGGAUUCCCUUCAUAAACUACCAGAGAAACAGAAAUACUCCCGUUACUUCAACAGCAUUUAUUUUUCUGCCAGCUGUGUGCACCAGCUGGAUCCUGUGAUCAGGCAGAUUGCAGCACCAGACACUGUUCUCGUCAUCGAGUUGGCCAAGUACAUUUUGGAUCUAAGCAAAGAGCAAGAGGUGGGUUUUGCAGAGAAGGUGGCAGCCAUGGCUCUGGAGGCGGGAUUUGAACCGUGGAACCAGGGACGCAGUGAUGACGUCCAUGCGGUUUUCAAACUGAAGAUGUAAAAAUGUUUUCCACUACAAGUGUUUAUUCUGAUCCUGAUGCAAGUAAAUGUCAGAUUUAGUGAUUUUGCAUCACAUGACCCAUUUCUGGAAGAUUUGCACUAGCAGGAGGACAGACAGUGAUAGGAUAAUAAAUCUGGAUCCUGCAUAUGUUCUGUUUCUUUUUUCAGUAGAAAAAAACAUCUAAUGAAACAGCAAUAAAUCUGAUUGCAUUUUAAUAACA